AUGUACUUCCAACAGUCACGUACAACCAACCGAGGACUCAGUUAUCCUCAAUACUCGACCACAGGCCGUCCAUCCGAGGUGAUGGAUCCCAGGGGUACUUACUGCAAUGGACAGAUGGAGAGCGUACCUGGACGCAUGAAUCAGACAUCGCAGAUGCUGAUGUUCUUACACUAUACCGUCAACGCACUCGACGCAAAUGAGGGCAAUCAAGGCCGACGAAAUCAACAGCAAUGA